AUGCCAUCCGACCAAUAUCUACUCUAUGACUUGCCCAGUAGAGCAUCAGGCUUGACAUGGUCGCCAAAUCCCUGGAAGACCAGGCUUCUUCUCAAUUUUAAGGGCCUUAGCUUCCAAACACAAUGGCUCGAAUACCCAGAAAUCAAACCAGCAUUGGAAAACCACACUCCACCUAACCCCGACGGUUUUGCAUAUACCAUCCCGGCCAUCGUUUGCCCCGAUGGGACUUACAUAAUGGACUCGCGCAAAAUCGCCGAUUACAUCGAGCAACGACACCCCCAGCCUUCACUUCACUUGGAGUCCAGCUACUUGGCCAAGGUUGAGGACAUUUGGUCUCGGUACAUGAGCGCUUUUUGUCCCAUCUUCAUUCCUCAGGUCCCGAAGCGGAUUCUCAAUGAUGCAAGUCUUGAGUUUUGGUAUACAACCCGCGAAAAGAUGUUUAGGAUGCCAUUGGAUCGUCUGGAGAAGGAGCAAGGAGGCGAUAGAGCUUGGAGCGAAGUUGAGGUUGCAAUUCGCGAGGCUACUGCGCUGUUGAAGGAGCAGAAUGGACCAUUCUUUAUGGGGGAUACGCCCAGCUAUGCUGAUCUUGUCUGGGCCAGUAUCCUCUUUUUCUGUCAGCGGCUGGGCACAGAAUUUUUUGAGGAAACUCUGAAAAGAAGUGGUGAUGGCCAGGUUCAUCUUGACUUGCUUGCUACCGUGGAGCCUUGGUCCAGGUAA